CGUUUGCUGAAUAGAAUUAAAUCUAAAUGAUAUAUUUGUAGGCCUAUCUGCAUAGCAAGCAUUAUAUAUCUCAAGAUUAUGCAAGCCUUUGUUUCAAUCUAUCAUUGAAACUCAGAAUAGGUUGUACUUGGGCUUGAUUGAGCCGUUCACCACAAGCAGAAGAUUUUACCGCAUCAUUCUGGAAACCUUCACCAGCAAUGUCUAAAAUAGAGCGUUUAAAUGCCCGUGUGGCAAAGCUCUUGACUGUGGCUGUGCAUGAGGUAUUGGAAGUGGUGAGAGAGACGGUAUCGGAGUACCAGGAGAAAACUGCUCGAACACAAAGAGAGAACGAGAGUCUCAGGCGAAGGCUACAGGAACUGCAAGACAAGGUGAAGAGGGCGAGUACAGCAGGUGCACAGCCUGCUGCUCUUCCUGUCUCUAGAGGAAAGUCUCACGUAGAGCAGCAGCUCGGUGAACAGGAGUGGAGCUCCAGUUUAAGGCAGGACACAGAGCUCACACUGACUGAAGAGAAACAGGAGAUCACAGAGGAGCACAGACUCAGACAGAGAGAAGAGGAGGGCAGUGGACUAGAGUCAGAUCACAUGGGCGAGUCAGAGACUGAGUGUGAUGGACUGGAAUUUUACACACCAGAAUCUGAAGGUAUUACUCAAAUCCCAGAGACAGUGUCAGCAUUUACACUUCAGCAUGUUAAAUAUGACACAGAUCUUAACUCGGUGAACAUUCCAAAACUGCUGUCUCCAAGCAUUUCCAGUCUGAACAUUCAACCCUGUUUGGCUUCUGCUGAAAUUAAAACUGAGGCUGAAUCACAAGAAUAUGCCACAGCCUGUCAGCACAGUGUACAAAACCCUUUUUAUGGUUGUGACUCAAGUUCCGGCACAGCCCAGACUGAACCCACUCCAAGAUCUCAAGAAGACGACUCAAGUUCUUAUGGACUGGUGUACAUUGAGUCAGACAUAGCUCCUUUUGAGAAAAAUAUGAGAGCCGCGUUGGAUAGUAAAAAACACAAGCAGCAUCACCGGAAUGAAGGGCAAUACCACUGCAUCCUGUGUGGAAAGACAUUUGGUCGCAUUGGAAAUCUUAGGAUACAUCAGCGAUGUCAUACAGGUGAAAAACCUUUCUGUUGUAUGCAGUGUGGUAGACGGUUCAGUCAUGCGGGCGACUUUAAAAAACACAAGAGGGUCCACACAGGGGAGAAACCAUACUGUUGUGCUGUAUGUGGAAAGGGUUUCAGCCAAUCAGGAUAUCUGAAAAUACAUCAGCGAUACCACACAGGGGAGAGACCAUACUGUUGCCAUCAGUGUGGAAAAAGCUUCAGUCAAUCAAGUCACCUAAAAAAACACCAGAAAAUUCACAUUGGUCAUAUACCCUAGUUUUUCACUGUUGGAACAGCCAAUGUAAGACUGAAAAGCAUGAAUGAAUUAGUUUGCAGCCCUUUUUCCAUAACACUUUUCAACAUGCUCAAAUUUGUGAACAUUAAAAAGGAUUGAAAAACAUUGAUCAUAUUAAUUGGCAUAACUGAAAAAGUGAUUUUCUAGACAAGCUUUGGGAGUAAAUAAUGGCAGUGGUAUAGCCAGAACUCCAGAAGGAAUGACAUUAGCGAAAACUGCAAAAAUACUAUAAUAAGAAUUAAGAGAAUAUUCCUAUAUUCAAGUUACUGAAAAUAUGCAUAGUCAGACUCCCACUUAACUAAAAGCAAGGGGCUGGAUGGAUGUGAUCAGGAAAAACGGCUAGUAACUGUGUUUUAGCAUAGGUUUCAAACACUGUCCUGCUUGUACAACUGUAGAACUGUAAAGACCAGUUUUAACUAUAGAUAUAGAUAUAACUAUAGAUAUACAUCCCCUGCUACCAUAUCAAGUCAAUGACAAUUCUUUUUUUUAAUGAAUUUUGUACUAACACUACUUAUGCUGAAGGAACUACAUUCCCCAUGUGCAAACUUUGUUGUUGGUUUUCUGAUUUAUUAUUGUUAUUAUUAUUAUUAUUAUUGCUUCCCCUUUGUAUUUUAAGCUGGUAACAGGCAAGGUUGCCAAAUUUGGUAGACUUGGUUUAAUAGUUGAAGCCUGCUCAGUUAAAAUAUUGGGCAGUUUGGCCACCUGACAAAAUUUAGACAUUCAGGAACCCUGCACUUGCCCUGCCAAUACACCCCAUUUGACCAAAAGUUACAAAAUAUGGUACCCAAAAUGAGUCCCUCAAAUGACAAAUUUAUCAGUAGGACUGACAUUUCAACAUUUACAAUGUCUUCCUCAGAGUCAAAAACACGUCAGUCCUACCCUCUUCAUGUUUUUGCCCAAAGCAAGUGUGCUCCAGUGUUCCUUAUUUCGAGCCAGUCCCCGUGAAGUGCCCAAGUCUUUUACUCUAGUUUUACUCUAGUCCUGGCAGUUGUGCACCUAUCCAGUCCUCUUUUAUUUAGCUGACUUGAAGCACGUUGGGCAUCUUCUUUCAUAUCAUAUACAUGCCUGUGUUACAGAGAUAGAACAUCCUUUGAUGUUUUCACCUUUUGACAUUUCAGAGAGGUAUGAUGACAUGAUUGAGGUUAUUCUGCAGGGAAUCAUAAUGUAUUUUGGGUCUGGGUUCACAUGCUGGGUGAAGUAGAACAAGAGCUGGCCAGUACCAGAAUGGUUAAAUGUCUAAGCUAACUGACUCCUUUGGGGUGAUGCAUAAUAAAUAAAAAAAGAUGACCAAGGUUUGUCAGGCGUCUGCAAUCUCUCAGUUUUUGAGUGCCAUUAACUGGCAAACAUUUAGGAAAGCAACUCACUUCUGCCAGUGGUUUUCUUUUGUACUAAUUAAAGGAUGGUGAAGCAGAAAAACAAUGGAUGGAUUUUGUGAGCUUAUUAUUUGUGAAUAAACAAACAGCUGUAUAACACAAGCAAAUUUGGGCAUGGUGGCAUAGAAUAUGAAACAGGACAACAAAUUCUAGAUGUCUACCAUAGGUUAAAUGCUCUUUUCUCUCUUAUGAUACUUCAGUUUGUGUAUAUAUAUUGUGUAUAUGUACAGACUUCUCUGCUGUAUCUUUUCCACAAACUUCUCAAUCUAAAAUGGUAGACACUGAAGAAACUGUCAAUGCAAUGCCUCUUAUUUAAUUUUAUUCUGUUGGUUUGUGGAUAGAUUAUAAUAUUAAUGAUUAAUAUCUGUUGUUUUUAUGUUGGAAAGUAGUGUUCUACUGCAAACAACGUAUGUUUGUGUUGAUCUUUCUCUUUAAUCAAGAUAUUGUCUACUUAUUUUAUUUUGAUUUUUUUUUACAAAAUACCAAAAAGCUAUACAAAACUUUAAUUCAUAUUCAUUCUUGAAUGUGUCCCAACAAUGUUUCAGUUGUGUAUGAAAACAUUUGACCUUAAAGUUAUAAAGAAAUAAUAAAAGGUAAAAUGAAAAGGCCUCA